UUUACUCCUCUUCUUCAUCUCUCUCUGUCUCUUUAUCUAUCUUCGUACAUUAUAUAUAAUGGGAUCAACCGUGGCCGCCGCUCUCCUCCUCUUCCUAGCGGCAGUCCCUGCCGUCUUUGCCGCAACUUUCAAGGUCGGCGAUAUUUCUGGCUGGACCAGUAAUCUUGAUUACACGGUUUGGCUCACUGGAAAGACUUUCAGAGUCGGUGACACUCUAGAGUUCGUAUAUGGUCUUUCACACUCGGUGUCCGUGGUGGAUAAAGCUGGCUACGAUAACUGCGACAGUAGCGGAGCCACACAGAACUUUGCCGAUGGAGACACUAAGAUCGAUCUUACCACAGUUGGAACAAUGCACUUCCUUUGCCCUACUUUUGGUCACUGCAAGAACGGCAUGAAACUCGCCGUUCCUGUCCUCGCCGCCGCUCCAUCUCCUUCGACUCCUUCUUCGCCUCCCUCCACUCCUUCGACUCCUUCUUCCCCGCCCUCCACUCCGUCUACCCCUUCUUCGCCCCCCUCCCCUCCUUCGCCUCCUUCUCCAUCGCUCCCCCCUAGCUCUCUGCCUCCAUCUGCAUCUCCGCCGACCAAUGGCACGCCGGAUUCAGAGACAUUGACGCCUCCGCCAGCUCCAUUGCCGCCUUCGCUGUCUCCAAACGCGGCAUCUAAGGGAGUCAUGAGCUAUGGAAUAAUUGGAGUCACGAUGAUAUUGAUGUACGCUGUUAUGACCUAAAUAACAGGGUGGAAACAGAGCAUUGUUUUGCUCCAUGUCUUUUUUGGUCGGCGGCCUUUGGAAAUACUACACCACUACGUGCUCUUUUGUGUGUAACGGAAUUUUUUUGCCAUUGACAAUUUUUCCUUCUUCCUUCUUUUUUUAAUUACUUGUAGGGGUUGAUAAACGUUAUAGCCAUCUCCAAGCUAUUUUAUCUUAUUCUUACCAUAUUUCUAAAAUAUUCUUUAGAUUUCAUUUCGAUUGUUUACUAUAACUCUUAUUUCUUUUUUGUUAUACACAUUCGGACAAACGAUUGAUCUGUAUUUGUCACACUUUUUCAAAAUAAAAUAAAAAACUGUAAUCUCUCCAAAAACUGUUAGACAAUGGAAAACGGUAUAUCUUC